AAUUCCAAGAUCCACCCCCACCCACUCACCCACCACUUCUCUCCUUUCAGUCUAUAAAUAACUUCCCAAACUCGUCUCUACCUCCUCGUGUCUCUCUCUCUCUCUCACUCACCAAGAACCAGUCGCAGAUUUCUCUCUCUUCCGGUUCUACCUCCUAAAGAAAAAUGGCCUCCCACAUCGUUGGAUAUCCUCGCAUGGGCCCCAAGAGAGAGCUCAAGUUUGCAUUGGAAUCUUUCUGGGAUAAGAAGAGCAGUGCUGAGGAUUUGAAAAAGGUCGCAGCCGAUCUGAGGUCUUCCAUCUGGAAGCAGAUGGCCAGUGCUGGCAUCAAGUAUAUUCCUAGCAACACAUUCUCUUACUAUGAUCAGGUGCUUGAUACAACCGCGAUGCUUGGCGCUGUUCCCCCUAGAUAUGGUUGGACAGGUGGUGAGAUUGGGUUUGACACUUACUUCUCCAUGGCUAGAGGAAAUGCCUCUGUACCUGCUAUGGAGAUGACCAAGUGGUUCGACACCAACUACCAUUUCAUUGUCCCUGAGUUGGGACCUGAGAUCAAGUUCUCAUAUGCUUCCCACAAGGCUGUUGAUGAAUAUAAGGAGGCUAAGGCGCUUGGAGUAGAUACCGUUCCAGUCCUUGUUGGCCCUGUGUCCUAUUUGUUGCUCUCAAAACCUGCAAAGGGUGUCGAGAAAUCAUUUUCUCUUCUCUCCCUCUUAGACAAAAUCCUUCCAAUCUAUAAGGAAGUUGUUGCCGAGCUAAAGGCCGCUGGUGCAUCAUGGAUUCAGUUUGAUGAGCCCACCCUUGUGAAGGACCUUGAAUCUCACCAAUUGCAAGCAUUCACUGCUGCCUACUCUGAGCUAGAAUCAGCUUUGUCAGGCCUGAAUGUUAUUGUCGAGACUUACUUUGCUGAUGUUCCAGCUGAGGCAUUUAAAACCCUCACCAGCCUGAAGUGUGUCACUGGUUUUGGUUUUGAUCUGGUUCGCGGAGCACAAACUCUUGAUUUGAUUACAAGUGGAUUCCCAUCAGGAAAAUACCUCUUUGCUGGAGUGGUUGAUGGAAGAAACAUAUGGGCCAAUGAUCUUGCUGCAUCUCUGAGCCUGCUGCAGACUCUUGAGGGCAUCGUGGGUAAAGACAAGCUUGUUGUUUCCACCUCUUGCUCGCUUCUCCACACUGCUGUUGAUUUAGUUAAUGAGACUAAGUUCGACAAAGAGCUGAAAUCAUGGUUGGCAUUUGCUGCUCAAAAAGUCGUUGAAGUCAAUUCAUUGGCAAAGGCAUUGGCUGGUCACAAGGAUGAGGCAUUCUUCUCUGAAAAUGCUGCUGCUCAGGCUUCAAGAAAGUCCUCCCCACGGGUGACCAAUGAGGCUGUUCAGAAAGCCGCUGCUGCUUUGAGAGGAUCUGAUCACCGCCGUGCAACGAAUGUUAGUGCCAGACUCGAUGCUCAGCAGAAGAAGCUUAACCUCCCCAUUCUGCCGACCACCACCAUUGGCUCUUUUACCCUUUUCUAACUCAGAAGAGUGCGCCGUGAAUACAAGGCUAAGAAGAUCUCCGAGGAAGAGUAUGUUAAGGCUAUUAAGGAGGAAAUUAAUAAAGUUGUGAAGCUCCAGGAAGAGCUUGAUAUUGAUGUCUUGGUCCAUGGAGAGCCUGAGAGGAAUGAUAUGGUUGAGUACUUUGGAGAGCAGUUGUCUGGUUUUGCCUUCUCUGCCAAUGGGUGGGUGCAAUCCUAUGGAUCUCGUUGUGUGAAGCCACCAAUCAUCUUUGGUGAUGUGAGCCGCCCCAAGGCAAUGACCGUUUUCUGGUCCUCUAUGGCUCAAAGCAUGACUGCUCGCCCAAUGAAGGGAAUGCUUACUGGUCCCGUGACCAUCCUCAACUGGUCGUUUGUCCGUAAUGACCAGCCCAGAUUUGAAACUUGCUAUCAGAUUGCUUUGGCCAUCAAGGAUGAAGUAGAGGAUCUUGAGAAAGCCGGCAUCAAUGUUAUCCAAAUUGAUGAAGCUGCUCUUAGGGAGGGUUUGCCUCUUAGGAAGUCUGAGCAAGCUUUCUACUUGGACUGGGCCGUUCACUCUUUCAGGAUCACUAACUGUGGCGUCACUGACACCACCCAGAUCCACACCCACAUGUGCUACUCCAACUUCAACGACAUCAUUCACUCCAUCAUCGACAUGGAUGCUGAUGUCAUCACCAUUGAGAACUCUCGGUCUGACGAGAAGCUCCUCUCGGUCUUCCGCGAGGGAGUGAAGUAUGGUGCUGGAAUUGGCCCUGGUGUCUACGACAUUCACUCUCCUAGAAUACCAUCAACCGAAGAGAUUGCUGAUAGAAUCAACAAGAUGCUUCAAGUGCUCGAGACCAACAUCUUGUGGGUUAACCCCGACUGUGGGCUCAAGACUCGCAAAUACCACGAAGUUAAGCCGGCCCUCCUAAACAUGGUUGCUGCUGCCAAGCAAAUCCGCACCCAGCUUGCUAGCGCCAAGUGAGCAGUCCAAGAGAACCAAUUGCCAAGGAGCUCAGUUCUAUCCUAUCCAUUAUUAAACUGCGAAGGAAAAAUCUUCAUUGUUGAUUUAAUAAUUGUGGCUUUUGAUGUGAUGAAAUAUGUUUAGUGUAGUUUUUGCCCCAUGGGGAUGUUUUCUUUUCUUGUUUUCUGGCCUUUUGAUGAUUUGAAUAUUCUGUAUUUUUUAUUUUAUUUUUGUGUUUUUUUGCCUUCAAUUUAUUUGAAAGGCAUCAAAUCGAUUAGUUUACCUCCAUGAAUGGAGUUGAAGAAAUUUUAUUACUACAUAUGUGCAAUCAAUCUGUGUCUUUUGUCAA